CAUGUGUUGGGGAGGGAGACUUUCUGGCUGAGACAGAGACCGGACUAGAGGACAGUUUGAUUGCAGAGGGAAAGAACAUUUGGCAGGAGGACUUGGGAAAAAAAACUUUACCUUUCUUUGAAGGAAAACCUAAUUUUCUUAGUAUAUUCUUGAAAUAUACAUUCAAUUGAUAUGUCGCUCAUACUGACAGUCCUGGACAAACUGUCUUAUUUUCUGUCUCUUAUCGCAUUUUGUAUCAGUGUGUCUUACAGUUGGUUGAAAUGAAAGCAGCUGCAUUUAGCUAUGCAUAAGGAGUGAGAAGGGGACAGUUUAGUUUAAAUGGAUGAUAGCAAUGAUAGGAUUUGUAUGAAGAUGAACUUUCAAAAGACCUAUGGACACUUAAAAACUGUGUAACCCAACUGCCUGCCAAACAUCACCAUGCUGCCACAGAGCAUGCUGAGGACGUGUCAUUUGCUUGUGUUGAUGCUGUGUGUGUCAGCCAUCGAAGACUUUGACUGGACAAAGAACGACCAUGGAUCUUUUUACUAUGGUGUCUUCCCAACCGGCUUUUCCUGGGGAGCUGGUGGUUCUGCAUAUCAGACAGAAGGUGCUUGGAACGUUGACGGCAAAGGCAUGAGCAUCUGGGAUGCAUUUGCCCACAAAAAGGGCAAGAUCUUCCUGAAUGACACUGGAGACUUCUCAUGUGAAGGCUACCACAAAGUUAAGGAUGACAUCUCCUUGAUGAAGGACAUGAAUCUUAAACACUAUCGUUUCUCCAUAUCCUGGCCAAGGAUUCUGCCCACUGGAAUAAAAAAUGAGAACAUCAAUGAGAAAGGAAUCAAGUAUUACGAUGACCUGAUAAAUAAGCUUCUGGAGAAUAAAAUUACACCCAUUGUUACACUAUAUCACUGGGACUUGCCACAGAUCUUGGAGGAAAAAUACAGAGGAUGGCAGAACGCCAGCAUGGUGAACUUGUUCAAUGACUUCGCCAAUUUAUGCUUUGAGAGAUUUGGAAACCGAGUCAGGCACUGGAUCACAUUCAACAAUCCAUGGUCGAUUGCAGUGGAAGGAUAUGAAACAGGGGAACACGCACCAGGACUGAAGCUGAGGGGAGUGGGUGCUUACAAGGCUGCCCAUCACAUAAUAAAGGCACAUGCAAAAGUUUGGCACACCUACGACACUCAAUGGCGAAACAAGCAAAAAGGUCUGGUUGGGAUCUCUUUGUCGGGCGACUGGGGGGAACCCGUUGACAUCAGCAACCAGAGGGACAUUGAAGCCGCAGAACGAUAUGUCCAGUUCUACAUGGGAUGGUUUGCUACACCCCUCUUCAAUGGAGACUAUCCUCAGGUUAUGAAAGAUUACAUUGGUAGGAAAAGUGCCCAGCAGGGCUUGGGAGCAUCACGGUUACCCGUCUUCACCGCCCAGGAGAAGAGCUACAUUAGGGGCACCUGUGACUUCUUAGGCAUUGGCCAUUUCACCACACGCUACAUCACACAGAAGAACUACCCCUCCGGUCGUGGUAACAGUUACUUCACAGAUCGGGACUUGGCCGAGCUGGUAGACCCACGCUGGCCCGACCCAGGUUCUGAAUGGCUCUAUUCAGUGCCGUGGGGUUUUCGCCGCCUUCUGAAUUUUGUCAAGAAACAAUAUGGCAACCCCAUGAUCUAUGUGACAGAAAAUGGUGUAUCUGAGAAGAUGAUGUGCACGGAUCUCUGCGAUGACUGGAGAAUGCAGUACUUUAAGGACUACAUUAAUGAAAUGUUAAAAGCAAUAAAGGAUGGGGUGAACAUCAAGGCGUAUACUGCUUGGUCACUGCUUGACAAGUUUGAGUGGGAUGAGGGCUACUCUGAGAGGUUUGGCCUCUACUACGUAGACUUCAGGGACAAAAAUAAACCCCGUUAUCCAAAAGCUUCGGUUCAGUACUACAAAAGCAUCAUCAGUUCUAAUGGAUUCCCCAAUCAGAGAGAGCUGGAGAUUUGGAAGGGGAAAGCAAUUGAGACUUGCAGCUCUAGUAACCAGCUUCUUGCUGCAGAUCCCUUGAUAAGCCACAUGGGGAUGGUGACAGAGAUUGUGGUUCCGACCAUGUGUACCCUCAGCAUUCUCCUCAGUGCUGUCUUCCUCAUGUUCCUGCUGCGCAGACGCCUCUGAAGAAACAACACACACACACCCGCACACACGCACACACACACACACACACACACACACACACACACACACACACACACACACACACACACACACACACACACACACACACACACACACACACACACACACACACACACACAA